GUCUGAAUAUUUUUUCGCUUCAAAUGGUUUGUUCAGCUUGAACGCAUUGCCAUUUGUUCCGUACAGCUCGUCGUGUCCAGUGCCACAGUAUCGGUUUCGUAGCAAUACUGCAGACAUCAAAGGCCUUCAACGCAGUAUUCCCAGAAUAGUUCAAGCGUAACAAUGCAACGAUUUAGAUUUUGUUAAUAAAUAAAUACUAAUUGAGAGCGAAAUUGAUUAUAUUAAAUAACAUAGUGCGAGAGAACAACAAAAAUAAGUUUAAGUUCUCAUAAUAAAAAAGAACCCAGCAUCUCAUAUGCAUCUAAUAAAGCGCACGCUUGCUGUAUUGUGACCGAGAGUAAACCGUGUUUGCGUUUGUUUUUACUGAAACGCAUAUGAACAAAAAUAUUAAAAAAAAAACAACAACAUUAAACAUGUUCUCCACACAUUUAUGGGGCAUCAUCUUUACCGGCAGCCUCUCAGCGCUGGUUUGCUUUGUUAGCGCACAGCUCCCACCCGUCGCCUGUCCAGAGUAUUUUAAAUAUAUAAGCGAUGGUUUGACUUACUUUGGCAAGAUCACAUUGACUCAAGUGCCGGUAGGCACGGCUGAAGUGCGUGCGCACUUCUCUCAACGCGGUCUGCCCACGUCAACUUACUAUGGACGCAUCACUCCCUAUCCGGAUGAAAAUACAGUUGUGCAUAGUGUUCUUAAUCACCAGCCUGCCACUUUUCGCGUGGAAUUCGCAAACGCUGGUUAUCCGCCGAAACUCACUCAUCUAUCACUGAAUGGUGUUGAGCUAUGUGUGAGUUCUGAUUAUCCACCACCCCGAUCGUGGUUUAAACUUUCCUAUCGUCUCUACACGUACUUCAUAGGCGGUAAUGAUUUAACUUCACCAAAUGUACCUAUCUCAUUGGUACCAGUCGAAUUAAGUCCAAGACCGAAUUCCACUACAACUUCACAGAUUAAACCCAUCCAGCCAGCCAAUAAAUAUCCAUCUUUUACACCUGUGCAAACCGUUCCUGGUUCAAGUGUGAUCAACACACAAACGUCAACUCCUAUGCCCAUCCCCCCGACACUCACUCAAUCCACAAACGCACUCAAUCCACAAACUGAACUUAGUCUUGAUGCCAUUUGCGGUAGAGAGGCCAGUGUAGUUCGUGGCUUUGUCUAUGGUGGUAUCGAAGUGGCGCGUGGUCAAUUCCCUUGGCUAACUGCUGUAUAUAAAAAAGAUACAGAUGCAUUGAGUUUCAAGUGUGGUGGCUCGUUAAUAUCACGACGCACUGUUAUUUCAGCAGCGCAUUGCUUCCGACGCUUGAGAGCCGAACAAAUUGUACUAUUUUUUGGACGACACGAUCUUGAGAAUUACAGUGAAGAGGGAAUUUUAGCACGCGAUGUCGACAAGCUCAUCAUACAUCCUGAAUAUCAAAACGAUAAACCGAAUGCGGAUAUAGCCUUGCUGCACAUCGAACCCUUAGAAACAUUAUCUCAAUACAUACAUCCAAUUUGCUUGUGGCGUGAAUCUGUUGAGAUUUCGUCAAUUGUUGGAAAGACUGCUACUGUCGUUGGUUGGGGCUAUGAAAUUGAGAGCAAUGAAGACAUCUCGCCGUUGCCCAAAAUGGUUGAUGUCACUAUAGUGAGCAAAAAUGAUUGCAUGAGUUCGUCUGCUACCUUUCAACAACUCAUCACCGAUAAUACAAUUUGUGCGGGUAAUCGUGAUGGUACGGGACCCUGUGUGGGUGACUCAGGAGGCGGCCUAAUGAUGCAGCGGGGCGGUCGUUGGGUUUUGCGCGGCAUUGUGUCCGUGGGUCAGUCCUCGAGGCAGCGUUGCAAUUUAUAUGAAUAUGUACUUUACUGUGAUGUGGUGAAGCAUAUGACAUGGGUGAGACGGAACUUUUUGGAGUAGGUGGUGUGUGGAACCGCCUUUGUAGUUAUAAUUUUAUUGAACGUUUUUGUUUUUCAAGUCCAAAUGUGAAGAAAAAGUUUAACAACGUGUGUAAUAAAGUAUUUUUUUAUAAAAA